AUGAUGAGUCUGUCGACGGGCGCGGCGGUGCUGGUGGCGCUCCUGGUGGGCGUGGCGGGCGCCCUCUACGCCUACUUCACGCGCCAUUUUGGCUACUGGCGCCGCCGCGGCGUGCCGUACCUGCGCCCGCUGCCCAUCGCUGGAAACCUUAAGGACGUGCUGCUCUUUCGGAAGCCAUUCGAAACCCUUCGGAAGUACCCGGUCUUACCCUUCCUGGACCGCACGUGCACCAAAACGUACCGCGUGCCGGGCACCGACAUCGUCCUGGACAAGGGCGUGUUCGCCUUCACCAGCAUCCUCGGCAUCCAGAGGGACCCGCAGUACUUCCCAGAGCCCGAGCGCUUCGAUCCGGAGAGGUUCUCCGACGCCAACAGACGUAACAUCCCCAGCUGCUGCUUCAUGCCCUUCGGGGAGGGGCCCCACAAAUGCGUAGGUCUUCGCCUUGGGUACUUGCAAGGAAAACUGGGAAUUGCCCAUAUUAUACUCAACUACCGAAUUCACCCUUGUGCAUCAACGCCUAAAAAAAUGGAAUUCAAUCUUCACAGCUUUCUAAUUUCUCCUCGUGACGGCGUACCUUUGAAGUUCACUCGGGUCACAAAGUGAAGUAAAAUGCAUACUACAAUGAAACAACUUCUAAAUGAACUGAUAAAGUCUACUUUAGUUUUAGGUUUAUUUUACAAUAGAAGGACGAAAUUUUGUUAAAAACAUGGUUUACUGAUUCCAAAUGGUUCAGUAUAUUUACUCUUUAGAUACCCAUAAAAACGAGAGACAAUCUAUUCGUUUAGAUGAAUUGAUGAUACAACUCGAUCGUCAGGAAGUGAGGUUAGUCUGACGCUCAGGAAACUAAUUACAAAUACCAAAGAAAAUAAAUUAUGUGAACGCAUAAACAAUAAGUUGCCAAGAUCCCAGCAUUCUACUAUUGCUUUUGACGCACAUGCUGCCUGUUUUUGAGGAGUGUUAGGGUAUGAUCUGAACUGAUAAUGGCCAAAUCGACACUUUUGGAGAGAAAGUAACUUUCUUGUAAUUUUGUGACACAGACAAUAUUUUUCUGAGUGAAUCUAAUAUCACUUGUUAUUCACUAACUGUACUUGUAUUAUUGAAAAUAAAAAUGAUUGUGAUGUCCAGAAAUAUGUUACUGAACUGCAAUAUUCGGAAUAUUUCCGAUGUCAAUAUGAUGUUAAACGUCUUUUAAUAUAACGUUGAGAGCAGGAAUUUUAUACUGUUGAUAUUAAUAGUAAUAAUGUUCAUUCAUUUAGCUUGUUGCCGUGUUGAGAGUUAUACAUGUUAUAAACUACUGUUAAAAUAUAUAUACUUGAAAUAUAUAUAUUGGUAUUUUCUAAUGCGCGCAGAAAUUGUAAGAAAACUACAUAGCCUACGACUUUUGAUUGGUAACUAGUUGCGUUAGAUGCUCAGGAACUCGAAAAAAUCCAGAAACCUUUAUAUUAUUUAUUUCCAGUGUACGCAGAACAGGAAAGAAAAAAUAAACACCCUUCAGCCAUAAAAAGGUAAGUAUUGAAAAAAAGUUGUACAUAAAAAAAAUCUCUAUACUGCUAACAAAUAUUUAUAAUACCCAUAAAAGUGUUG